AUGGAUCCCGAGGACAUUGUAUGGCAGGACGACCAUGUGAUUACUACACACGAAAAGGUUUAUUUCAGUCUGACACGAGUGGCAGGUUUUGUGUCGGUCCUCUCAGCCGUUUGCAUUCUGGUGGAAACAGUGGGAGAUGUGAGGGCAGGUGCCGCCACCACCGUCACCCGACUGUUGCUGGCCAUGCAAGUGGGACAAAUUUGUCAUUCAUCGAUGUGGGCCGUCGGCAACUGGGCGGCGCCCUCCUUUAUCCCCGAUGCCUGGAGUGCUCAAGGGACAAUUUGGACCUGUGAGUUGGCGGGAUUUCUACUCAACUUGGGGGCCUUGGUCGUGAUUCUCUAUGAUGCAGCUCUGUCCAUUACGUACCUUUUAAUGCUGACAGUGGCACUGGCCAGCAUGGUUUUAUCCGUCUUCUGUAUGCUUUCCAUUGUGCUCUUUGUAAGGAACACUGAAGCUCGGAAUGCACGUUAUCUAGAACGAUUCUAUCGAAAUGCUCAAUCCCGGCCACCACGACAAUCCGAUGUGUCAACCACCUCCCAUGGACCAACAAGCAGCGUACGUUCCAAUACCGAGGACAGGUUUUACAAGACCCGAAUGAUGGCUUUCCGCGGGGUCCGGUAUGCCAGCACCAACUUGCUGGCGUCAACACCCAUCUUCCUGCAAGUUGCAUUCGAUAUCGAUUCGCAAGUGUUUCUGGACGUUGCAGCCUGUUCAUAUGCUUUGCAUGGAUUCUAUUACCUCGUCUUCUUUUUGAGAGACCGAAAGGUCGUGAGAAGUCGCUACGGGCGACUUUGGAAAAGGCUGCUUUACGUUCCAAUAACGUACAAUGGAGGGCAUGCAGAUGCUUGCCGAUGCUGCUGUUGCUGUCGUUAUAUUACGAGGAGGCGCAAUCAACAACAAUGCUCAACGUGUCAAAAAGAGCAAGACAAGCUGCCCGCGACAACCAACCAACAACCUCUGGAAAGGAAUUCGGCGAAUUCGGCCGGUGCACGGGAUUCUAUAACGCCCGUCGAGAACAAUGACGCCCGACCCCUUCGAAACGACGAUGCCACCGUAGAGACCCACGCGAAACAAAACUCUUCAAGCAUCUGA